AUGCCCGUCGUAUCAGCAGCUCGCUACGGAAAGGACAAUGUCCGCGUGUACAAGGUCCACAGGGAUGAGGCGUCGGGAACUCACACGGUGACGGAAAUGACCGUAUGCUGUCUUUUAGAGGGGGAGAUUGAGCAGUCGUACACGGUGGCGGAUAAUAGCGUCGUGGUGGCUACCGAUUCCAUCAAGAAUACCAUCUACAUCAAGGCCAAGGAACACCCCGUAAAUCCGCCAGAGCUAUACGCCAGCUACCUCGGUCAACAUUUCCUAGAUACAUACAGCCAUAUCACCGUUGCCAAUGUCAAGCUUGUCGUCAAACGAUGGACUCGUAUGAUCAUUGAUGGAAAGGAACACCCCCACAGCUUUUACCGCGAUGGAGACGACACCCGCAAUGUGGAAGCUCGCAUUACCCGAGAGGGAAUCGAGAUCACCAGUGGUAUCGCGGGGCUCCUAGUUCUAAAGAGUACGGGCUCGGCUUUCCACGGCUUCGUUCGGGACGAAUAUACGACGCUCCCUGAAACCUGGGACCGUAUUCUUUCGACCGAAGUCGACGCUACCUGGAAGUGGAAUACCUUUCCAAACGUGGCGACGGUUGAGCAGAAGCAAGCCCAAUACGACAAGGCCUGGGAUGAUGCUCGUAAUAUCACUAUGAAGACCUUCGCCGAGGAGAGCAGCCCGUCCGUUCAGAACACUAUGUACAAGAUGGCGGAACAAAUUCUCGAGGCAGCACCCGAGACUGCAUCCGUUACAUACCAACUCCCUAACAAGCAUUACUUCGAAAUCGAUUUAUCAUGGCACAAGGGCAUCAAGAACACUGGCAAGGACGCCGAAGUGUACGCACCGCAAUCCGGACCGAAUGGCCUGAUCAGAGUCGAGGUUUCACGAUCUUAG